AUGACUGCCGACAAAGCAGCCAUCCGCCGAGUCGUCUCAGUGCCGAAUGGAGCAGACCUUUUGAAUAUAACCAGCUUAGCGCAGCAACAAAAGAACCAAGAAAAUCCACCGCUACACUUUUUACGUCUGCACGACCUCCACACCCAACAAACAAACCACCACCAUGACCACGACCAUGACCAUGACCUUGCCCCUCCACCAACCUACGACUCUGUCUCAGCCCUCACGAAACACUCUCUCUGCAGACGUACCUACUCCACCAGCAGUAUUAAACUACGUCAGGUAGAAGUAGGGCCGGCAAGCUUCCAAAAGAUACGCAUGCUAGGAAAAGGAGACGUCGGAAAGGUGUACAUGGUUCGUCAAAAGAAUACAGACAAGCUAUUUGCAAUGAAAGUUCUUUCAAAACGAGAAAUGCUUAAACGCAACAAGAUCAAGCGGGCAUUGGCCGAACAGGAGAUUUUAACCACCUCAAACCACCCUUUUAUCGUCACACUCUACCACUCCUUCCAAAGCCAAGACUACCUCUACUUUGUAAUGGAAUAUUGCAUGGGUGGUGAAUUCUUCCGAGCACUUCAAAUGCGCCCAGGAAAAUGUUUGACAGAACAAGCCGCGCGAUUCUAUGCCGCUGAAGUCACUGCUGCUCUCGAAUAUCUUCAUCUUCAAGGACACAUUUAUCGUGAUCUCAAACCAGAGAAUAUCUUGCUUCAUCAAAGUGGCCACAUAAUGCUUACUGACUUUGAUCUCAGCAAAGGGUCUCGCCCUCCGGGAAAUCCUGGCGUGAUAAAGUCAAGUUGGCCCUAUCAGCCACUUAUCAUUAAUACUCGUUCCUGUGUCGAUGGUAUUCGUACAAACAGCUUUGUUGGUACUGAAGAAUAUAUUGCCCCAGAAGUAGUCAAGGGAUGUGGCCACACAAGUGCUGUAGAUUGGUGGACCCUUGGUAUCCUUAUUUAUGAGAUGCUGUACGGUACAACUCCCUUCAAGGGGGAUCAUCGCAACGAAACUUUUAGCCGGAUUGUCUACCAAGAUCCCAGCUUCCCUAACCAGCCGGCACCUCACCAAACCCCAAUCUCGAGUGCCUGCAAGAACCUCCUCCGGAAAUUACUCCACAAGGACGAGUUUAAGCGGCUUGGAUCCCGCGCCGGCGCGGCAGAUAUCAAACAACACGCCUUUUUCAAGACCACAAACUUUGCUCUUCUCAGAAACGCCACUCCACCAAUCCAACCACUCAUCUACCAGUCAAACGGAAUCGAUGCUGUCAACUUUAGACGUAUGCCGCCAGAGAGCUUCAGUCUUGAUCUUAAUACCGACAAUGUUUUGAUUACCGAGAAAGCCGGUACAAAUCCCUUUGAAAAUUUCAGUUCAGUUACUCUUCAUCAUGAUGGUGACUCUGAUACAGAAGAUUUCUAUUAA